AUGGAGAUGAAUCAUGGUGAAGCGACUCUACGCCAACUCGAAAGUGAGCUCAACGUCAAGAUCUACCCCGGUACGGAGAUCAUGACUGAUGUGGGCUCGCAUCACUUCGUGAGACAGUCAGGUACCUCGUCCAAUGUCCUGGUGCCACAGCCUUCCUCUAAUCCCAAUGACCCUCUGAACUGGAAUAAAUACUGGAAGUUUGCCACCUUUUUCAUCGCCAUGGCAAGCAAUGUCAUCAUGGGCAUUGGGCCCCUGGCCCUGGCGCCCAUGUUUGGUGACUUGAUUCAUGCUUUCAAUUCCGAUCUGGCAGGGGUGGUACAGUUCACCGGGGUCUGUAUUCUGCUUCUGGGGUUCAGUAAUUUUUUCUGGGUCCCCAUUGCAGAUACUUUUGGACGACGACCCGUACUGAUUUUCUCCUGCGUGGUCUGUCUGGCGUCCAACAUCUGGCGUGCCAAGGCAACGUCCUAUGGAAGUUUUAUGGGUGCUUGUGUUUUGAAUGGGUUCGGUGCUGGACCCUGCGAGACACUUUGCCCUCAAGUGAUCACGGAUAUCUUCUUCCUUCAUGAGCGAGGAUUCUACAACACCAUGUACUUUGCCUUUUACUUUGGCUCCCUCAUGGUUGGCCCCAUCAUCGCAGGAUCCAUGGCCCUCCAUGUUGGAUGGCGCAGCUUCUGGUGGUUGAACGUCGGUGCCUUCGCCUUCGUCAUCAUUGCCGGCGUGUUUGCCUUUCCUGAAACCAAAUGGCACCGCGCUCAUCCCAACGAGAUCCAGGAGGCGGAGGUGUCGGUGGCCUCGGUGACAAAUUCCAUCGAAGACAAUGAAAAGACGGGAACCCUUGGGGACGCAUCAAAGAGCCCACCCGCUCAUCUGGAGCUCCCCACCCCGACAAUCGAAAACGACGCCAUGGAUCCAUACCUCUAUAAAGGCACUCCAUCCAAAGGACAGUUCCAUAUCUAUCAACCUAACCCGCAGUGGGCCCGAUCUCUUCUCCUCGCUUUCUGGGUCCCCUGGAAACUGCUUGCGUUCCCGAUUGUCGAAUACGCCGCGUUUGUGGUAUCUUGGUCGGCGAGUUGUCUUUUGACUGCCAAUCUGACUCAAUCUCAAGCGUUCGGGGCUCCGCCAUAUAACUGGUCCAGUCAAUCAAUUGGGUUCACCAACUUUGCCAGUCUGGCGGGCGCCUUGAUCGGUCUGCUCACCAACGGUCCCCUUUCCGAUUGGAUUUCGAUGCGGGCCACCAAGAAGAAUCGCGGUAUCCGAGAGCCAGAGAUGCGUUUACCGGCUCUGAUUCCGUAUCUGAUUGUGGCCAUCAUUGGGAACUUUAUCAUUGCCUUUGGAUACGAGUACCACUGGGAUUGGCGGAUCAUCGUCAUCAUCGGAUACACCUGCGCCGGAAUGCAAGUGACCGCUCUCCCCGCCAUCGCCAGCACCUACGCCGUCGACAGCUAUAAACCCGUCGUGGGUUCCGUCUUCAUCGCCAUCACCGUCAACAAGAACGUCUGGGGCUACGGAUUCAGUAAAUUCAUCACACCCUGGACCGAGGAGGCCGGAUACAUCCCGGCGAUCAUGCUGAAUAUGUGCUUGACGGUCCUGUGGGUCUCGUUUGGCAUUGUCUUUUACUUCAAGGGCAAGCACUGCAGAAAGUGGACUGCCAAGUCGAGUAUUUGGAAGCUAUAG